AUGGACUUGUUUGUUGCAAAAACAAGAAAGAAAAAAAAUGAAAUCCCUGGUGAUGAAGAAAAUAAAAAAUGUUUUCGUUUUUCUCCACAAACUGCUCUGAAAUGUUGUAAAGAACAGCUGUCUAGAUUGAGCUCGUAUUAUCUUGCUUUCAGUCUCCUGUGGGUGCAAGGUCAUAAAUAG